AUGGACUGCGAAGUGCGGCUCUCCAGCAUCACCAGAGGCGUCUGCAUCUCUCGCCACAAGUGCCACUCGAGCCAGGUCAAGCACAUUGCUGCUCUUCCCCACGGGUCCCGAAACCUCUGGUGGUCUGCCAGUGAAGAUGGCACCAUCCGGCAGUUCGACGCGAGGGAGCCGCGCGUUUGCAACGGAAGGAAUUGCCGCAACGUUUUGAUAUCGCUGUCUUCUGAAUCUGGGAAGCGUUCUGAGGGGCAGCGGUCACAAGACCGCUUCUUAGCUCGAGCAGCAGCAGCAGUCGCUGCUGCUUCUGCUGCAGUGCAGCAGCAGCAGCAGCUGCUGGAGGGGGCGGCGCUCAGGCGCGGGCUGCGGGGAAGGCCCCGAGCAGCAGCAGCAGCAGCAGCAGCAGCAGCAGCAGCAGCAGACGGGAGCCCCGACCCCCGAGAGCCGCGGCGGGCUCGCACUCGGCUGUCACCCUCACAAGCAGCAGCAGCAGCAGGAGCGGCGUCAGCAGCAGCAGCAGCAGCAAGCGCUGCGACUCGACCCUGA